AUGGUCGCAGUCAACUACCUUAACCUUGGCCCAUGGCCCGGGGCUCAGGGCAGCGGGGCAGAAGUGCCACUGCCCAGGAAUCGCCCGCGGCCCCGGGCUGUCCCGAAGCCACCUCGGUGGUCCACAGCCCCGCAGUCCAGAGGGGUCCUAAGACCCCGCUCGCUACCAGGUGACUGGAGACGAAUUCUACCAGAAGCAUUAGGGCCGAGGCCCGAGGCAGGCCUGCGGCCCCUUAGAAAACAGAGGAGACCCGAGGGUGGCCCUCUCGCCCGGGGGCUCCAACAGGUCGAAGGGCGGAAGCUUCCCAAUAACCUCCGCCCCGGGCGGGGGCCUGCCCCGCGCGUCACGGGAGGAAAAGAAAAAUCAGCGUUAACACACAGGAGGAAAGAGGGUCCUCUUCGGAGCCGGAGGAAAGAGGCGAGGGCAACCAGCACCAGCUCAGGGAGAGAAAUGGAGACAGAGCAACUCUUCUGCGUGGUUUCGUCUCCAGAUACAAUGCUGCUCAGCUCCAGGCCCUUUCAAUGGCCCCACAGCACUCUGAAAGACUCUUCUACCGUGUGCGGCCAAGACUACUAGUCCAAAGGUCAGACCAGAAGUGGAAGAUGUUGAGCAAGUGCCCACAGACUUCACAUUCUGGGACAGCAAGGGACAGCUUCUACAAUGUCUCUGGAAGAUCUCAGUAGGACUGAGCCCACUGCUCCAGCACACACUGCUCGUUAGCACACCCGGAACAAGAGAUUACGUACUAGGGCCAGGAAGAACGGAA